AUGCAUUGUUGCCCCUCGAAAGAAAAGGAGUUCUUUGGGGCAUUUAUUCGAACACCUUCCAUCCCAACUUCAGCAGUCCCCACCAAUUUCAUAGAGGAGAGGCCGGAGAGAGGCAACAUGAGCUCUAGUUCUCCUGCCCCCUCAUCGCCGCAGCGUCAUCGUGGCGGUGGCGAUGGCGAUAAUAGUAACAGCGGGAAGGAGGAGAGACCGAGAUUCUUUGACUCCAUGACCAAAAAACUGUGCUGGGCCAAAGCCGAUAUUGUCCCUGGACGACACCCGGAGCGAUGGCGUAAAGAUGCCGCGGGCAACGUCGUCUGUAAGCGCUUCGGCAACUGUCAGGGAUGUCUCUGCUUUGAAUACGAUCACAUCAUCCCCUUCUCGAAAGGUGGUGAAUCGGUAGUUGAAAAUUGUCAGAUUCUUCAAACGAGGGUAAAUAGAACCAAGUCGGACAAGGAUCAUCUUGACAAGACACAGUUGCGUGGUUACUCUUGCGAUAUCAAUUUCACUGAAAAGGAGCUGGACAUUAUUGAAAUGGCGGUUUAUGGCGAUGUAAUUCGUCCGGGGAAUCAAUGUCGUUGCAGAAGCAUUGAUGAAUUGCUUGGCAAGUACAAGCCUAAAGACCAUACACCUGUCUAUACACCCUUUGUGCUUUUGAUAUUUUGCCCGGAUUCUCAAUUUCCAUAA